UCAUGUAAGUGCAAGAGGCAGAAGAAGAGAAACAAUCUAUCUUCUUCCAAAUAAAAAAUAAAGGAAGGAGAUAGGAAAGGGUUGAAAAGGAUAAAAAAAAAAUUACAUUAGAUACAUUGUUGGCUGAAGGAAAAAAAUUCAAAAAAAUGGCUCGUGGAGCGAUUAUUGCAUCCAUGCUCUGCCUUCUGGCUGUAGCAGUGGUGGCUGAAGACCCUUAUAUCUAUUACACAUGGAAUGUGACCUACGGUACCAUUUCACCUCUUGGAAUCCCCCAACAGGGUAUCCUCAUCAAUGGUUUGUUCCCAGGACCUGAAAUCAACUCCACCAGCAACAACAACAUUGUCAUCAACGUGUUCAACAACCUUGACGAGCCAUUGUUGUUCACAUGGAGCGGUAUCCAGCAGAGGAAAAACUCAUGGCAAGAUGGUACAUUGGGAACUCAGUGCCCCAUCCAGCCAGGAACCAACUACACAUACAAGUUCCAGGUCAAGGACCAGAUCGGUAGCUACUUCUACUACCCCUACACCGGCCUCCAGAGAGCCGCCGGUGGAAUCGGUGGUUUGAGAAUCUACUCCAGGUUGUUGAUCCCUGUCCCAUAUGCUGACCCUGCUGAUGAAUACUGGGUCCUCAUGGGUGACUGGUACGCCAAGCCCCACACCACCCUCCAGAAGUUUUUGGACAGUGGUCGUAGCCUUGGAAGGCCCGAUGGCGUCCACAUCAUGGGUAAAAAUGGUAGCCCAGUCCCACUCUACACCAUGGAGCCUGGAAAGACCUACAAGUACAGGCUCUGCAAUGUGGGUAUGAAGGACUCCCUUAACUUCAGAAUCCAAGGCCACCCAUUGAAGCUUGUUGAGAUGGAAGGCUCCCAUGUGGUGCAAAACGUCUACGACUCCCUCGACAUCCAUGUUGGUCAGUGCUACUCUGUCCUCGUGACUGCCGACCAGGAACCAAAACAAUACAAGAUGGUCGCCUCCACACGCUUCACCAAGAAGGUGUUGUCCGCCACCGCUCUCAUCACCUACUCUAACGGUAACGGUCCCGCCUCCCCUGAGCUCCCACCUGCACCUGAAGGCUGGGCCUGGUCCCUCAACCAGUUCCGUUCCUUCCGUUGGAACUUAACCGCUAGUGCUGCCAGGCCUAACCCUCAAGGCUCUUACCACUACGGCCAGAUCAACAUCACCCGAACCAUCAAGCUCGUGAACACCGUCUCUAGGGCUAACGGAAAACUCCGAUACGGAAUCAACGGUGUGUCCCACGUUGACAACGAAACCCCACUCAAGCUCGCCGAGUACUUCGGUGUUGCUGACAAGGUUUUCAAGUACAACAUCAUCUCCGAUGAGCCCCCGGCAACCAUCGGUGACCUCACCUUGGCUCCCAAUGUCAUUAACGCCACUUUCCGUACCUUCAUCGAGAUCAUCUUCGAGAACCCCACAAAGGUUGUUCAGUCAUACAACUUGGAUGGUUACUCCUUCUUCCUUGCCGCAGUUGAGCCAGGGAAAUGGACACCCGAGAAGAGGAAGAACUACAACCUUUUGGAUACAGUGAGCAGGCACACCGUUCAGAUAUACCCCAAGUCAUGGGCAGCAAUCAUGCUUACAUUCGACAACGCUGGCAUGUGGAACUUGAGGUCAGAGCACACCGAGAACCGCUACCUUGGUCAACAAUUGUACAUCAGUGUCUUGUCUCCUGAACGCUCUCUCAGGGAUGAGUACAACAUUCCAGAAACCCAGCUCCUUUGCGGCAUCGUCAAGGAUAUGCCCAAGCCCGCACCCUACUCUUAAGCAUUUAUCAACCUGCAUUAAGACGAUGUAUUAGCUUUAUUUUGUAGCUGAUGUAUCCACCGACCCUUUCCUGAAUGCCACAAAUUUUCAGCUCCAUAUGUAUACACAUAUAUAAUAUGAAUGUCAAAUUCUCCUUCCAAUCCACUUCUAUGUGGGUUUUGUCA